CAAAAGUUCUCCAAUGGCAUCACAACCAACUGCCCAAUUAGGCUCCCUGAUGAGGCAUUGCUGCAUCGUGAGUUCUGGGGAGAGCGGUGUCAGAUGUCUAUCAUCGUAACCUUAUGUCGUCUCAAGCAUUUUGACCUUCUAUUCUCGUACUGGUUUCCCGAUCAAAAGGACUUUUACGAUAUCUCGUGUCGGAAUUAUCGUGGUGUUUCUUGGCGGGAGUUACUAACGUCGAUCUUUAGGGGAGAUAAAAAAAAAAGGAUAAAUAAGGGUUGACAAUCUCGCCUAAGGAGAAAUUACAAUUCGUCUCUCAUCAGCAUCUCCAGAACUACCAUAGAUCCACUUUCAUUUCAUUCUAUUUAACCAAUUUCUUCCUUCCAAGUCAUUUGGCUUUUCUUCCAUUGUUCAAGCAUACUUCAAGAUGCAGCCCACCACGUCCUUCGGCAGUUUCCUCGUCACCUUCCUGUCUGCCUCUUUGGCAGCAGGUAGUGCCAUUCCUUACAUGGCUCCCCAGCCUGGCUCUUUCGAGAUUAAGAGAACCGCCAACACCGGCUUCACAGGAAAGAAUGGUGCUCUCGCUCUAGCUCGUGCUUACGCCAAGUACGGCGUCCCAGUCUCCGACACUUUGAUCGAGGCUAUCGAGACUAUCAAGUCUGCCCAACUCAUCAAGCGUAGCAGCGGCAAUGCCACCGCCACCCCGGAUGGCGAUGAUCUUGAGUAUCUCGUCCCUGUUCAGAUUGGUACUCCUCCCCAGACUCUCAACCUGGACUUCGACACCGGCAGCUCCGACCUCUGGGUCUUCUCCAGCGAAACCGAUUCUAGCUCUGCUCAGGGCCACAGCAUCUACAACCCGGGUAAGAGCACUUCUGCCCAGAAGCUGGAUGGUGCUACCUGGUCCAUUACCUAUGGAGAUCAGUCUUCCUCCUCCGGUGAUGUCUACACCGAUGUCGUCACUGUUGGCAGCCUGACCGUCAAGUCUCAGGCCGUUGAGUCGGCCCAGAAAGUCUCCGAUCAGUUCGCUCAGGGCAAGAACGAUGGCCUCGUCGGCCUUGCUUUCAGCUCCAUCAACACUGUUAAGCCCACCCAGCAGAAGACCUGGUUCGACAACAUCUCCGGAAGCCUCGAUGCUCCUGUCUUCGUUGCCGAUCUCCGCCACCAGACUCCCGGCAGCUACAUCUUCGGAACCAUCCCCUCCGACGCCAGCAACGUUCUCUACGCUCCCGUCGACAACAGUCAGGGCUUCUGGCAGUUCAGCACCAGCAGCGAUAUUGGUGGAUCCUUCAACGCCAUUGCCGAUACCGGUACCACUCUUCUCCUCGCCAGCGACGACCUCGUCAGCGCUUACUACAAGAACGUUCAGGGUGCCCGCCAGGACCAGCAGCAGGGUGGAUACGUUUUUGACUGCAGCGCCACUCCCCCAGACUUCACCUUCACUGUUGGAGACGGCAAGAUCACCGUCCCCGGUAGCCUGAUCAACUACGCCCCGGCCAGCGGCAGCGAGUGCUUCGGUGGUAUCCAGUCCUCUGGUGGUCUUCCAUUCGCCAUUUUUGGUGAUAUUGCCCUCAAGGCUGCCUACGUCGUCUUUGACAGCGGCAACACCCAGGUCGGUUGGGCUCAGAAGCAGUAAGCGAUGUUUUCUAAUUGUUAGUGUGCGAAAUGGGUUGAAUAUCUCAUCGGAACGUGG